AUGCACAGCGCUCGCCUGACCCUCUUCACGCGCGCCAAUUGCUCGCUCUGCGAGACCGCAAAGACGAAUAUCGCCGUGGUGCAGAAGAAGAGGCCGGUCGACUACACCGAGAUCGAUGUCAUGGCCAAGGGACAGGAAAAUUGGAAGCAUCUCUACGAGUUCGAUACGCCGGUUCUACAUGUUCAACGCGUCUCCUACACCUAUUCCAAGCCGGAUAUCGUUUCAGAAGCUAAGAAGCUGAUGCAUCGGUUUUCGGCUGAAGAGGUGGAAAGAUUGGUCCGAGAGGCAGAGGAGGGGAUUAUAUGA